CAAACACACCACCAAAAAAUUAAAAAAUGGCUAGCGAUGCGGAAGCCAGAGGUUACUGGGGACUCGGCGGCCGCGCUUGCGACACGUGCCACGGCUCCCCGGCCCUUCUUUACUGCCGCGCCGACUCCGCUUUCCUCUGCGGCGCGUGCGACUCACGUGUCCACGCCGCCAACCGCCUCGCCUCCCGCCACGAGCGUGUCUGGGUCUGCGAGGUCUGCGAGCAAGCCCCCGCCGUCGUCACCUGCAAAGCCGACGCCGCCGCCCUCUGCUCCUCCUGCGACGCUGACAUCCACUCUGCCAACCCCCUCGCCCGCCGCCAUGACCGCUCCCCUAUCAUCCCUUUCUUCGACACCCCUUCCUCCGCCGCCGCCGCCGCCGCCACUGCCCCCGCUGGUACCCUCUUCAAACCCUCCGAUGAUGACGAUGAAAAUGACGCCGCCGUCGACGAGGCCGAGGCUGCUUCCUGGAUCCUCCCCAAUCCCAACCCUAAAUCCACUGAUCUAUUCUUCGCCGACGUCGAUCCUUACCUCGAUCUCGAGUACACCGACAGCGUCGUCCCCGUUCAUACCAAGCCGAUCCCUCCACCGAUCAUCUGCGCCGAUCAUGGUUGCAUCGAGCUCGAUUUCACUCGAUCCAAGGCGUCCUUCAGCACCUUCAGCCGCAGCGUUUCAUCAUCUGAGGUCGGUGUGGUGCCGGAUGGAACCACGAUGGCGGACGUGACGAACCCUUAUAGUGGUGCCGGGAAGGUCUCGACGGCGCUGGAUCGGGAGGCUAGGGUGAUGCGGUACCGCGAGAAGCGCAAGAAUCGGAGGUUUGAGAAGACGAUCCGCUACGCUUCCCGCAAGGCUUAUGCCGAGACGCGGCCGCGGAUCAAGGGUAGGUUUGCCAAGCGAUCUGAGAUCGAGCCGGAGGUUGAUCAUCUCUUCUCCGCCGUCUCUGCCGCCGCCGCUCUUAUUGCGGAUCCCGGCUACGGCGUGGUUCCGUCCUUCUGAUCGAACGCCGGUGAGAUCCGAUCUUUAUAUAUAUAUAUAUAUAUGUUUUUUUGUUUUCUGUUUUUCUGUUUUUGUUUUCUGUAUUUGGUGUAUUAUUAUCAAAACUUGGGAUUGUUCUGUAAAUUAAUGUGUACCUUUUAAUGUAAUUCGGCGAACUUGGAACGCUGAAACUUGGAACGAGUUUUGGAAACGGGUUCUGAGAAUGAAGGAUGUUUCUCGUA